AUGCAAUUCCUACAUUAUAGCACUCAUUCUUUGUUAUUGGACAAAACAGGGUUUAGUGAUUCAGUAAAUCAAGAAAAACACUUGAAUGCAACAGCUAUAGAAACAGAUGGAAUUAAUUUAUAUGUUGGAACAUCAAAUGGUUAUGUCUAUCAUUUUGUUGUAGAAAAUGGAGAAAAGUGUUUUUCUAAGUUUGGGUAUAUUAUUGCUUCUAGGCAUGUUUUAUUGGAAGGAAAGGCUGUAAAAUCUAUUCUUCUUUUGCCCCAAAUUUCAUGUGUAUUGAUAUUAUGUGGAAAUGUUCUUUUUUUUUCUAAUUUUCCAGAACUUUCACCUAUAUCUGGUUUAUACCCCAUUAAAGGUGUUGUAGAUAUCUGUCAGGAUUUAGAUAAGCUUGGAGAAACAGAAGCUGAUGGCAGUGUUAUUUUGACUGUUUUAACAAGGAGGAAAAUAAAACGAAUUAGAAUUAAAGAUUCCAUUAGUUUGGUUUCGGAUAUUAAUUAUUCAUCUCCUAUUGUAGCAUGCCAAAGAGGAUUUAUCUGUUGUGUUGCUAAUAAUUUAUGUUAUGAGCUUAUUGAUUUUGAAAACAAUAUAAAAAUUCCUCUUUUUCCUUUACAAGGAAAUGACUCUUUACAUUAUAAUUCUCCGUCAACUCCAUCUAAUUUAAUGCCUAUAAUUACUAGUAUUUCUAAGUCUGAAUUUGUUGUGACUACUACUCCGUCUAAUGGUGAAAAUUGUAUUGGGUUAUUUAUUGAUAUGAAUGGUUAUGUACGAGGCACUGUUAUUUUUUCGAGAUAUCCAAUUGCUUUAGCUUCUGAAUUUCCUUUCUUGAUGGCUCUAAUAGACAAUUCGUUUAUUGAAAUACAUAAUAUUAUUGAUCAGACACUUGUUCAGAUUGUUCAGUUUCCUUUUUUGGGAUCUAUUACUGGAGUUUUUCGUGUAUUUGGCCAUUGUUCUAUUUUAAUUGAGUCUUUAAUGGAAAAAAUCGUUAUGGUAGAAUUUAUGUCUUCUAGACAUUCAAUAAAUCAAACUAUUAAUAUUGAGAAUAAAUUAUUAGAAGAAGAGAUGAAUAUUGCUGUUAGAUUAUCAACUAUUCCUUCAAAAAUUUUUCUUACAGGAGUAACGGGAGUAAAUUGUUUAGUAUUUAAUUCUUUUUUGGCUUAUGUGGAUACAUUUUUGGAUUUAAAAGAAAUAGAUGAUGUUCUUUCCUCUAUAAAAAAAUUGACUGAAAUAAUGACUCCUGAAAACAUUCAUAGUGAAAGGAUUUAUCAUGAGUUUUCAUAUAUUUAUCAAAAGGCUGGAUUUAUUUAUUUAGAAAAGAUAUUAUUUGAUGAUGCUAUCGUUCAAUUUGAAAAAUCAGAUAUUGAUCCCAGACUUAUUAUUAGUCUUUUUCCUGUUUUUGAAGUAAAAUUGGAUGGUAUUAUGAUAUAUAAGGGAAUAAAUGAAGUUAUUUGUAGGUUGAUAGAUAUUGAUAAUAUAAUUUCUAUUAAUACUACUGAGAAAUUUCUGCAUGAUGCUUUGAUAUCUGAAGAUAAAAUUCAGGCUUCUGAAGAUUAUAGAAAAACUUUGUAUGAAAAUGCAUUAACUAUGUUAAAGAAAUAUCUUUUAAAGUAUAGGCAAAAGAAAGGAUUAGGAAGUAUAGGUACUUGUGAGAAAAAUAAACAAAUAUUCAAAACCGUUGAUUUAGUACUUUUAAAGUUGCUUGUAUAUUUGAGUCCUGAAGAAAAUUCAGCUAAUUUAUAUGAAUUAAUUGAUUCUGAAAUUGAAUGUUUUGAUGAUGCUGUUACAAUUCUUGAAAAGAAUGGAAAAUAUUUUCUUUUGAGUAAAUUGUAUCAAAGUAUGAAAAUGCAAAAUAAAGUUUUAGAAAUUUGGAAAAAUAUAAUAGAUGGAAAAUUAUAUGAUGAUGAUUUUUUAGAUGGUGAGGAAAAAAUGAGAGAUUAUUUACUUGAGGUUGAUGAUGAUCAUUUGUGUAUUGAUUAUGCUAUAUGGUUAAUAGAAAAGGUGCCGCAUGUUGGGCCUGAGUUUUUUAUGAAUUUUAGUUCUAAGAAGACAUUUACUCUUUCUAUCGAUGAAAUGGCUAAUAUAUUACGUUCUCGGAGUAAGAUAUGUUUUAAGAUUUAUUUAGAAUAUGUAGUUUCAAACUUUAAUGCUUAUAACUUAUCAUUUUUAAAUGAGCUUUUGCUUAUAUAUAUAAAUGAAAUUAUUAUUUAUUUAGAAAUUCCGUUGAUCAAAGACAUUGUAAAGCGAUCUAUUAUAGAUUAUAGUGAGUUUAAGAAUGAUGAUUUGUCUUAUUUUGAGUAUUUAUCUAUUUUCAUGAUAGAAACUUAUGAAAAAUAUAAAGAAUUUGUUUUGGAUAGAAUUAAGCUUAUUCAGUUUUUGCAAUCAGCAUCUGAUUAUGAUUCAGAGCUUCUUAUAAAGUCUUUGCAUUCUCAAAAAGAUUUACUUUUAAUUGAAUUGGUUAUUUUAUAUGGAAGGUCCCUUAGACAUGAGGAAGCACUUACUAUUCUUGUUCAAACAUUGAAAGAUUAUAAAACAUCUGAGAUUUAUUGUUAUUGUCGAGGGUUAUCUCUUGAACCAUGUUAUGAUAAUCAAGAAAUUCCAGAAUUUUUUUUGCAACGGAAAAAGCUUUUUAAAAUGUUAUUGGAUCAAUACUUAAAGCUUCCUGAUUACAAUCAGAAGCUUUCUAGAAUAUCUGUUCUUCUUCGACGUUGGGAUAUUUACUUGGAUACGAUUUAUGUUUUAAAAGUAAUUUCAAGUGAUUGGUCUGUAGAGAAUAUUUCUGGUUUUUUGUUUCAUAUUUUUCAAAAAACUAUUCAAGAAAAAUAUGAUUCACAACUUAUUAAGUCUCUUUAUCGUGGAUGUUGUGCAUUUUAUGAUUAUUCAAAUUUAGUUACAUUUAUUGAUAAAUCUUCUUGA